GAAAGAUAUGAAUGUAAAUUCGUCUAUUGAAAAUUAUUCAAUUCAGUCUCAAGGCUACAACUCAACUCAACUCAACUACUUUCGUUAUUUUCUGUUGUCGGUCUGAUUCUGAUAUCCGGAGUAAACUUUCGGAAGGUGUCAAUCAACAAUGUCGGCUACUCUAAGACCCUACCUUACAGCUGUAAGGCAUACACUUAACGCUGCAAUGUGUUUGGAAAAUUUUUCAUCUCAAGUAGUCGAAAGACACAAUAAACCAGAAGUUGAAGUGAGGAGUGGUAAAGAAUUAUUGUUGACACCUGUUGUGAUUAGUCGAAAUGAAAAAGAAAAAGUUUUAAUUGAAGGCUCCAUUAAUUCUUUGCGGAUAAGUAUAGCUAUAAAACAAGCUGAUGAAAUUGAAAAAAUUUUAUGUCACAAGUUUAUGCGUUUCAUGAUGAUGAGAGCAGAAAAUUUUAUUGUCUUAAGGCGGAAACCUGUUGAGGGUUAUGACAUUUCUUUUCUUAUUACAAACUUUCACACAGAACAAAUGUAUAAGCAUAAGUUAGUGGAUUUUGUUAUUCAUUUUAUGGAAGAGAUUGACAAAGAAAUAAGUGAAAUGAAAUUAGCUUUAAAUGCAAGAGCAAGAAUUUGUGCUGAAGAAUUUUUAAAAAGAUUUUGAUUAUCCAUUUGAGAAUAGCAUUGAGAUCAUGUUAUCUAUCUAAGAAUAAUCCCUGGAAAUGUUUUCCUUCAAUUUGUUUAUAGCAAAAUAUUCUGCUUCUCUUGAAAUCAGUUCCAUUUUAUUUUGAUGAAUUCAUUAAAAUUAUUGAAAAAUGA